AGACGACCCGAACAGCAGAAUCUCGGGAGACGAGGUGACCGAGCCUCAGCGACAACACUGACCACAUUUAGCCACUUUUGCGCAAAAAACACCCACCUCUCACAGAACAGCGUGUUCAGUGCAUGAAAGCGGGACUUCCAGAACUGUGACGUGACAAGCAGGGAAGCUGGAAUCCCCCCGCCGAUCCCACUGACUGCAAGCAGUUUUGACCCCCCUUUGCUGCUCACAGUGGACCCGGUUCUGACUGACCAUGAUUGGGUACCACAAAGCCUCAAGUGCCCUUACCCUCCUAGUCCUCCUGACAGGGGCUUCCCUCCCCCGGCUGUCCACCCCCAGCCCGAUCAACAUCCCCAGAGAUGUCGUUAAGCCACACGGAGAUCCUCCUCCUGUAAGGGAAGAGGAGAGGCGAUCGAUACAGAAAGAAGAGGCAGAGGAAGAAGAAGAUGAGCUCUUUAAAGAUGUGGAUCCCAAAACACUAGCGGCGGUUUUACUGGAGGCACUAAAUCGCUCACAAGCGGAGAAAAGAAGGGAGGGAGGGGAGCGCGAUGGGAUGAGAGAAGACAUAAAUGCUGAUAUGGGUGAAGUUAAUAAUGAAGACGAAGCGAGCAGAGAAGUGAGAACGAUGGAGGGAUCAGACAGAGACAGAGAUGGACGGAAAGAGUUAGAGCUUCUGAUGGCAGCGCAAGGAAAGGAGCGGGAAAAACAGGAAGAAGAGGAGAGGAAGAAAGCUCAGGAGGAAGAGGAAAGGAUGACGGAAAAAGUGACGAGUCGUACUACAAGUCAAACAAUCCAGGUGCAAACGGAGAAGCCCGCCAGUCGAGAUGGAACAGGGGACAACAGUCAGGGUUCUGCCCCCCAGAACCCAGAACAAGAGAGCAAUGAGGAGGAGCAGCUCAGCCCCGAGGAGCUGAAGAACCUGGAGACCAUGAUGAAGGAGUUUCCACGUUUGAACGCGGCUACUAAAAGGGAAGGAGAUUCAGAGCAAACCCAGAGAGAAAGCAGAGGUUACAGCAGCUACAACGACGUCAUCCAAAAAGGCAACGACCUCGCCAUCUCCAAGAAGAAACUGAAAUGGCAGGAAGAGACGCAGAAAGGCUUGAACAUCCCAACAUUCAGGGGAGGCAACUUCAUGGAUGACUUUGAGGACAAUAACGCUGGCAGUAAUGCAGCACAGUCCAAGCCUCCGUCAGAUCAGGAGGCCAUGGAAGAAGAUGAACCGGAGGAGGAGGAGGAGGAGGAAGACGAGGAGGUGCUGAGUCCUGAGGAGGAAGAGGCUCGAGCUAAGGCGGAGCAAGAGGAGAUGAGAAGGCAGGCGGCCGAGGCCCAGAAAGCCAAGAUGGAGGAGGAGAAGUUGGCGGAUAUCGCCUCGGACAUGCUGCUGCGCUACAUGGUCAAACAGAACAACGGGAACAAGAAGUACACCUCGUCUCUGUCCAACGCCGCCGAGGACAAGAGGUCCAACGAGGAGCAGGAAGUGACCGAGGAAGACGAUAUCGAUCCCCAAACUAUAGACAAGCUGAUCGAGAUCUCCAACAAACUCCACCUCCCCGCCGACGACGUAGUGGAUAUCAUCAGCGACGUGGAGAAGAAGAAGAAGAAAGACGUGUCGCCUGAGAUGCCUCCUCGAUGGCAACGACCUCCGACUCCGCUGUCUUCGUCCUACUCAUCAAUCAACGGCUAUACAAUACCACAGAUUCCCGAUCAAUACCCGGUUUCCAAGCAACCCUCUCCAGCUGUCAAUCUCCUAAAAAACUGGUUACAGGAAAAAACGCAAACAAAAUCGCAGGAUCUCUGGAGCAAACCUGGAAAGCCUCUUCUAGCCAAUCCCAACCGUUGGCCCAAACCUCAGAAGUCGUACAAACAGGAUCUUUGGCUCCAAUCGCCCGAGCCGGUUUGGACUGGUUACCCUUCGUACCCCUACAAAUACCCUUCCUAUUACCAGAGGAAGCAGUACUCAGAGUACUACCCUUUCUAUUUCCCUACUGCCCCCAGACCCAAACCCCGUUACUAUGUCACCAAACCUGCCCUCAACCCCAACAACUACCUGAGUAACUCCGUGGACGACACCUACUCUUUCCCUCCCAGACGCCGUUACCAUAGCUGGGUCCAACCUCGGCUGAGGAGCCCCCCCGUAGGCCCCCAGCAGAGGCCCUUCUACAGCAGCUAUCGCUUUCAGCCCUAUCCCAAACCACGUUCCCCUCCCAGAAUGCGCAUGAUCGCUCCCCAACAGAAGUUCUAUUACUCACCAGCGGCACCUGCAGUGGUGAGAAAUGAAGAUUUUUACGUUGCUGGAAAGAAGCCAGACAGCAGUAACCGUGACGAUCUAGAGAAAUACAUAGAGCAGAUUCUCAUGAAGAGACCGAUGCUAGACUGAAAGGGCUGGGAAAAGAGCGGGAAUAGGAGAAAAGAGAGAAAAUGUAUCUCUAUGAUUUAGUUUUGCUGGUUUUGUUUUACAUAUGUCUCUUUCUCCUUUUUUAAAUGGUUGUUGGCAUUCAGGAGGACUUUUUACAGAGGUAGUCUGAAUAAAAUGUACCUUUUGUAGGAAAAUGAAGGGAAAGAUACACAUCUGCAUUCCUCUGUGAAGGAGGGGAAAUGGGAUGAAGGCGUCCUGUUGGAAAGCAUGACUCAUGCUAGAACUCUUCAUCCAAACUCCCGGCAUGACAACAUUCUCCAUAUGGACAUUUUACAAUGCCAACAAAGGAGGACGCUUAGAUAUGUUGUUACAUGUACCUUUUAAAAAUAUAUUUUCACAGUCAAAGAGUCGGAAACAACAAAGGCAGUGGUGGAUGCUGGGAAAUGUUUGAUGGCUGUUGGAAUUUACUGUCUUAACUGAGAUUUUUGUGUAUUUUUCUCAGGCAGGGACAUUUUUAAAAUGAUUUAUCAAUACAGUAUAUUUCCGACUCUACACUAAAUGGCCAAAACUAUGUGGACGGCAAACAUUUCGGUCAUGUGUAAUCAGACACAAGAGCAUUAUGAAGUUCCAAUAUCAACACCAACUUUCGGCUUCUACUUUCCACGUCUAUAAGUAUGGGAUAAAAGAAAAUCAAGUAGUCGGAGACGCCAAUAUCUGUUGACCUUGUAGAUGAACCGCGACAAGUGGUGGCCUAGCGAUUGACUGCUCAUAUGUCCUCCAACAAAACAGUCACUAUUUCACAAUUUCCUUUCAUUGGACCGAAGGAGCCCAAACCUGGAUAAACAGGUGUCUGUAUACUUUUGGCCAUGUAAUGUAUCAACUGAUGCACCUGUCGUCUCUUAGAGAUGACAUUAAAUCAUCAUAACCUUGAAAUGACCUGCUGCUGAAGCCAUUCACUAUCUCGUUGUUUUUAAAAUGAAUACAUUUAAUGCAAAUGUAUUCAUUUUGUGUUAUUUGUAUAAAAUUGCAGCAAGACAUUUCUGCAGAACAGCACCUUCUCUAUAUGUAUACUCACACAGAGCUCUUUAUAAUGAAAUAUACCGCACCAAAAGCAUAUUUCAUACACAGGGCUGCAGAAGCCACCCUACCAUCACUAUAAUGGCUUGGAUGACUCAUACUUUUGCAUAACUUCAAUUACCUUGUUGCUAUGGUGCCAAAGCCUGGCCAAACUCUAUAUGGCAUUUUUUGAUGCCUUCAGAGGAGAAUACAGUGGUGAAGGCAUACUGCUCUUUUUACUUAACACAUGCAUUUAAAAGGAUAAGGCUGGUGUUAUUCCUUUAUUAAUCUAUAUCACCAAAUGUGUUCAAUAUUUUCUUACUCCCCUACCCUGUUUGUAUGUUUGUAGCACUCAGUUUACAUUUGUGAUAUAGAGAAACUUUAUCGUUAUCCUUUAAAGAUACCAUCUAUGGCUUUGCUAUAGCGCCCCAAAGUUCCCUUCAGCUCAAUGACUCAUUUUACUAAUCAACAUUUUGUUAUUGACCAUUAUCAACUUAAAGAGUGUUUUAUUGGUCUUGUUGUCUACAUGUUGCACAACCAUCAAUCAUACAUUUUUAGGUAGGAAGUUCUUGGGCUGAUAUUUGCUGCCUUACAUGUCACUGUGACAUUCUUAACAUUAUGCUUCGUUUCCCUCUUUUGUACCAUUUGAUAUUGUCAAUGAGAUCAAGGAUGUCACCUAUUUUGUAAUGGAAACUGGUGGGAUGAUGGAAUUGGAGUUUAUUGAUCAUUUUUAAAACAUGAUGAAGGAUCUGUUCUUGGAUUGGCGUUGUAAAAUAUAUUUUUAGCGUGCAACAAAAGGGAUUGGAUUGCUGACAUUUCCUUUCUUGACUUACUGAUAAUCAGUAAUCAAUAAACACUCCUCCUGGUAUAUCUGUUUUUCAAAUGCGUCACUGGGAACAAUAGCACAUGUUGCGCUUUGGUUUGUCCGUAUUGUUGACCUUUGAAGCCAUCUGUUGCUAAGUGAUGAGCAACAUCAUUGUUGCCAAGCCAAAACAGAUAAAUGGCAUCGACAAUCUCAUACUGAAAAAAACGUCAACACCAGGCCAUUAGUCAAAAAGAGUUGAGAUGGAGGUAAAAACCAAGCCUUUUUGUAAUUUCUAACAAGUUGUUUUUUUACGAGAUUAGGAAAGGAGUUACAUAAAGAUGAGGAAAAGGGGCUGAAAUAUGAAGCGACAGACCAGAGGUGAGGGUACAGUGUCUGCACGUUUAUGUAUACUUGCAUCUAAAAACUGCUUCUUUGAAGACGUACAAGCAUCAAUUAAAAAAGUAUAAAAAAAUCAAAGAUGACAGAAACAAUGACGUCAGUGUACCUCAAAAUGAGUCCUGUGUGCGGCGAGUGUUGUCCGUGAUCUUUCUAGAUGUACCUUGUCGUAACCAUCGUAAUCAACAUGCAUUUGCUGGAUGUAAAUAUGCGCAUGUCAAUGACUACUUUUGCUACACGUAAAGAAACA